UUUUGUCUCGCUACACACCCAAAUUCUAACAGAAAUGGACUGUUUAACCAAUGUGGGCACGCACGUGCCCGUGCAACGCUCACGUGACAACUCCGUCGCCGUUCACUAUUCGCGGCCCUCUGUAUAUUUUCCGGCCGAUCCCCGGCAGAAAAACAGCCUGCCUCGUGUCAGCUUGUCCUACUCACGGGUGACGAGCUGCAAUGCUCUGCCGUUUGACUUCGGAGGUGGAAAAGGAAUGCAAGGGUUCCAUGAAGUUGAACUGAAAGUUCGAGACUAUGAGUUAGAUCAAUAUGGUGUUGUGAAUAAUGCUGUUUAUGCAAGUUAUUGCCAACAUGGUCGUCAUGAGCUUCUGGAGAGGAUUGGAGUGAAUGCGGAUGAAGUGGCACGAACUGGUGAUGCAUUGGCUUUAUCAGAAUUGUCACUCAAGUUUCUUGCUCCUCUAAGGAGUGGAGACCACUUCGUUGUGAAGGUGAGGGUGGCCGACUCAUCUGCUGUUCGACUCUUCUUUGAACAUUUCAUCUACAAAAUUCCUAGCCUAGAGCCUGUUGUGGAGGCAAGAGCAACAGCAGUUUGGCUUGACAAAAACUAUCGUCCUGUCCGAAUCCCUGCUGAACAGAGAUCUAAGUUGGUUCAGUUUCAAAGGCACGAAGAGGCAAACUGAACUUGGUGGAAUCCAUUAUUGGAAUUCAUAUGGGAUGUCAAUUGUGGGAAGAGACAGCUUACAACCAAUUGUUUCAUCAAAUUUAACCUUUUUAAUUAUGUAUGAUGCUAUUUAUAUUGAUGACUCUUUGAACUCUUCUUUGAAAAUUUGAAAUAAAUAAACUGUGAUAAAUUUGAA